AUGGCUGACGUACCACCUCCUUCACUGUCCGAACUCAUGCGAAUGGUAGCUGAGCUACAACAAGCCAAUCAACGAAUGGCUGACGAGAACCAAAUAAUGGCCGCUCAAAUUGCCGAACUAAAUCAUGUUCGGAUUGAACACGACGAUGCUCAUCGGGAAGAGGGCGAGGAACAUCAUUCCCAACCAACUCAUGUUUCAGAAACCGCUCAACACGAGGAGCAGCAAUCCGAAGAUAAAAAAGAAGAAUCCAAGGACUCUGUAGGCCCUUUCACAGAGGAAGUGAUGAACUUCGAACUACCAAAGAGGUUCACCUUGCCGUUGACCCUCACACCCUACGACGGACUCGGUGACCCGAGAAAGUUCAUAAAGAAAUUCCGAUCAAUAAUGAUCGUCAAUGGUGCAUCAGAUACAGUCUUAUGUCGUUGUUUUCCGAACUAUUUAGACGGUCCUGCACUUGAUUGGUUGUGUGCUUUGCCUGCAGGUUCCAUUUCACGCUUCCAUCAGUUGGCGAGGUUAUUUGAAGAACAUUUCGCCGGAUCCGCAAUAUAUUUGCACGACUCCGACUACCUGAAUACUAUCAAGCAAGGACCUAACGAAAGCUUAAAGGAUUAUAUGACUCGCUUUACCAAGGUCGCUAUCAGCAUACCUGACCUCCAUCCCGAGGUUCAUCUGCACGCAAUUAAAAGCGGCCUCCGACCCGGAAAGUUCCAGGAGACGAUCGCGGUGGCAAAACCGAAGACCCUCGCAGAAUUUCGCGAGAAAGCAAAAGGACAAAUUGACAUCGAAGAGCUCAGACAAGCUCGGAAAUCUGACAAAUCGCACUUCCGCGAAGAAGAUAAGAGCUCAUCCUUUAAAAAAAGUUUUAAACUAACACCCCGAUUUGAUUCUUAUACGCAGUUUAACACCAAGAGGGAAGACAUCAUCAAGGAAAUCUUGAACUCCAAACUAAUCAAGCCGCCGAGAAAAGCCGGCACAUACCAGGAUACAAAGAAUGUGGACAAAUCAAAGUACUGCACUUUCCAUCAGAAACACGGCCACAACACCGAUGAUUGCGUGGUCGCCAAAGAUCUUUUAGAGCGACUAGCCAGGCAAGGGCACCUUGACAAAUACAUAGGCGGUCACAUCCAAAAACGCGCCUCAAGUUCCACAACGCAUGACCUCUCAGAACAACACCGAGGAAAAGAAGGGGCAUCUUCAACCCAGUAUGACAGACCGCGAGGUAUAAUCAAUUGUAUUUCAGGGGGAUACGCAAGUGGAGGAUACACAAGCUCGGCAAGGAAAAGAUCAUUCCGAGCAAUAUGCUCGGUAGACGGAACAAAACAACAUGCAACAAUCCCUAAUCCGCAACCAGAAGUCACUUUCACACACGCCGACUUCAACUCCAACAUACAAAAUUUAGAUGACCCUGUGGUAAUCACCCUUCAGCUAGGAGAUCUAUUAGUCAAAAAAGUACUCCUAGAUCCCGGAAGCAGCGCCGACGUCCUCUUUUACUCCACGUUUCAAAAGAUGAAGCUCAGCGACAACAUGCUACAACCCACAGGAGGAGAUUUAGUAGGUUUCUCGGGAGAACGCGUUCCAGUCCUCGGUUCAGUGUGGUUACAAACCACACUGGGUGAGCAAUCUCUUUCAAAAACUAAUGACAUUCAAUAUUUAGUUGUCGACUGUUUCAGCCCAUAUAACAUUAUUCUUGGCCGACCUUUUCUAAACAAGUUCGGCGCUAUUGUAUCUACAGUUCAUCUCUGCGUAAAGUUUCCACUGCAGGACCACCAAGUAGUUACAAUCCAUGGCGACCACAAAGAAGCAAGACAAUGUUACAACAUCAGCAUGAAGUUCCAAAAUCGUUCAACGCAACAAGUAAACAACGUCGGCCUAAACAAAAAAGAGGACGCGAUAGCAGAGCUAGAUCCGAGAGCCGACUUCCAUGAUCGCCCAAAGCCUUCUGACGAUCUACAAAAAGUGUAUUUCAACAAUGAUUCUAAUAAAUUUACAUAUGUAGGCACCUCACUCAAUGGACCCGAGUUACAAGCCAUAACAAUCUUCCUACAACAAAACGCCGAUCUUUUCGCAUGGACGCCAUCAGACAUGCCAGGAAUUGACCCACAGAUAAUCAGCCACAGACUAGCAAUAAACCCGGCCAUCCGACCAAUCCAGCAGAAGAAACGAAGACUCGGCGACGAGAAAAGGAGAGCAUCACUAGAAGAAACACAAAAACUCAUCAAAGCCGAGUUUAUCAGGGAAAUCAGAUUCACCACCUGGUUAGCAAAUGUGGUAAUGGUAAGAAAACAAAACGGUAAGUGGCGCAUGUGCGUCGAUUUCACUGAUUUAAACAAAGCAUGCCCCAAGGAUUCGUAUCCUCUGCCAUCCAUAGACUCUUUAGUGGACAAUGCAUCAGGCUAUGCCACCCUAAGUUUUAUGGAUGCAUAUUCCGGGUAUAAUCAGAUAAUGAUGCACCCCUCUGACCAAAAUAAAACAGCUUUUAUCACUGAUUUUGGUAACUAUUGCUAUAAGGUUAUGCCCUUUGGAUUAAAGAAUGCAGGUGCAACGUACCAACGCCUCAUGGAUAAGGUGUUCGCCAAACAAAUCGGCCGGAAUAUCGAGGUUUAUGUCGACGACAUGGUCGCGAAAACAAAGGUCGGAAACAACCACAUCGACGACCUCACAGAAAUAUUCGACCAGAUCCGCAAGUACAACAUGCGCCUAAAUCCCGAGAAAUGUGCAUUCGCAGUUCAGGGGGGUAAGUUUUUGGGUUUUUUACUAACAUGCAGGGGGAUAGAGGCGAACCCGGACAAAUGCCGAGCAGUACUGGACAUGGCCAGCCCUAACACAGUAAAAGAAGUUCAGCGCCUCACAGGAAGACUCGCCGCACUUUCCAGAUUUGUUCCUUGCCUUGCCUCAACUUCUAUUCCUUUUUUCCAAACAAUUAAAAAGAAAAAUAAAUUUGAAUGGAACGACGAUUGUGAGAGGGCAUUUUCAAAAUUAAAAACAACACUCUCACAACCGCCGAUAUUACAAAAGCCCUUACAAGGGGAACAUUUAUUUUUAUAUCUGUCAGUUACUGAUUGGGCAAUUAGCUCGGCCCUUGUCACAGAACGAAAUAAAGUGCAGCACCCGGUAUACUUUGUCAGCAAAACACUCCACCAUGCCGAACUCAAUUACCCACGGAUUGAAAAGCUCGCACUAGCACUGAUAUUCUCAGCCCGACGUCUGCGACCUUAUUUCCAGAGUCAUGUCAUCAACGUCAGAACCGAUCACCCACUAAGACAAGUAUUGCACAAACCAGAGAUUGCAGGUCGCCUUAUAAAAUGGGCAGUCGAACUAUCCGAGUUCGACAUCACAUACCAACCGCGAGGACCGAUCAAAUUACAAUUCCUAGCAGAUUUCAUUGCCGAACUCACACUACCAUCUGCUGAUGACGACGUAAAACACUGGAUCUUAUAUGUGGACGGCUCUUCAAAUAACGGAGGCUGUGGUGCGGGAAUUCGGCUAGAGGCCGACGACGGAUUCAUAUUGGAACACUCCAUACACCUCGCUUUCAAAGCCAGCAACAACCAAUCAGAAUAUGAGGCACUCAUCGCCGGACUCCGACUAUGUUUAGAUCUUGAAAUCUCAACAAUAAAGGUAUAUUGUGAUUCCUUGUUGGUCGUACAGCAGGUAAACAACCUUUUUCAGGUAAAAGACCCCCUGCUCUAUAAGUACUCAUUAUUAGUAAAACAGUUAACAAAAAAAUUUGUCAACUUUGAAAUAGAACAUAUACCACGAGAACAUAAUCAAAGAGCAGAUAUCUUAUCUAAGCUCGGCAGUACACAAUCCGAACUAUCUACACUCCACCAGUUCACAAUAACAUCACCCACUGUUAGUCUGACAAACGUGCUAAGUGCUUUACAGGUAAAAGAUUGGCGACACGACUUUAUACACUAUCUAAAAACAGGUAACACACCAGAAGGGGUCCAGAAUGAUAAAAAAUUCCGACGCCAAGCAUCUUCCUUCACAAUCAUCAACGGAACACUAUACCGACGAGGUUAUACUCGGCCCCUACUAAAAUGUCUCAGCAAACCAGAGGCCGACAUAGCUUUGGCAGAGGUUCACGAAGGAAUCUGUGGCACGCAUACAGGAGCUCGGAGCUUAGCAUCAAAGAUCCUACGAGCCGGCUUCUUCUGGCCAACUUUGAAACAGGACAGCCAGCAAAAGAUCAGAUCUUGCAAUAAUUGCCAAAGGCACGCACCACUAAUACACAUACCCGCCGAGGAAUUGCAUCAUUCGGACAUCAGUUGGCCAUUCAACCAAUGGGGUCUAGAUAUACUCGGGCCUUUCCCUAUGGCACCGGGCCAGGUAAAAUUUCUUAUUGUCGCCAUUGACUAUUUCUCUAAAUGGGUGGAAGCCCAACCUUUAGCUAAAAUAACGUCACAGCAAAUGAUUUCAUUCGUUUGGAAAAAUAUUAUUUGCCGCUUCGGCAUACCUCAGCACAUCACUACUGACAACGGCCGCCAGUUCGCCGAUCAGAAAUUUCAAACAUUUUUGCAGAAUUUCAAAAUAAAGCAACAUUUCGCCUCUGUUGAGCAUCCUCAAACAAACGGACUAGCCGAAGCCGCAAACAAGGUCAUUCUUCACGCACUCAAGAAAAAGCUCGAUACCACAAAAGGACUAUGGGCCGAACUCAUACCUGAAGUCCUUUGGGGAUACAACACCACUCCACAAACAUCAACGAAAGAAACACCUUUUCGGCUGGUAUAUGGGUCGGAAGCCAUGAUUCCCGUGGAGAUCUCCCAGAAGUCAAUCAGAACCGAACUCAACAGUCAAGCAGAAGCUCGAAGAACCGAGCUAGAUACAAUCGAAGAAGUUCGAGAUCUAGCCGCAUUGAAGCAACGCGCGGCACAGCACGCAGUCGCUCGGCAUUACAACAAAUCAGUCAGAAGCCGAUCAUUCGUGAAAGGAGAUCUAGUCCUCCGCAAAACUGAAAUUGCUUGGCGACCACCAACACACGGGAAGCUUGCAGCCAAUUGGGACGGACCAUACCGAGUAACAGAAGUCCUCGGCCAAGGAGCUUACAAGCUAGAAUCCCUAGAUGGUAAACUCAUACCUAGUACAUGGAACAUAUCUUCCUUAAAGAAGUUUUACAGUUAA